CCGAGAUGAACUCAAAUGGGUUCCAGCGCUCUUUCUCUGAUGAAGAUGAUAUGACGAGUAUCUCAGAGAGUGAUGUCAUCUACGCCUUCCAGGCUCCACCCCUCUUCACCAGAGGAGGCUCCAUGCGAUUCUCAGGUCAUCAUUGACGUGCCCUCAUUGCCUUAAACAGAGCAACACCUUUGACCCUUUCCUGUGUAUUUCACUUCCAAUCCCACUGCGACAGACCAGGGCCCUGAAUGUGAUUCUGGUGUUCAACACUGAAGGUCAGCGGUUUCUGAGAGUAGGGUUGGCCGUGCCUCUCUUUGGGUCUGUCUCAACACUCAGGGCCAUGGUAGCAGAGGAGGGCAAGAUCUCUUCAGACCAGGUGAUUUUGACCGAGAUGAACUCAAAUGGGUUCCAGCGCUCUUUCUCUGAUGAAGAUGAUAUGACGAGUAUCUCAGAGAGUGAUGUCAUCUACGCCUUCCAGGCUCCACCCCUCUUCACCAGAGGAGGCUCCAUGCGAUUCUCAGGGUUCCAUCACUCCCUCCCUUCCUCGCCAUACACUGCAGAGCCCGAAGUUCACAGGUUACCACCCUCAGGGACGUUAUCGUCAGAAUUCUUGAAUCAGGGUGGUUCUCCAAAGAUCCUUCUGUUAAUCUGCAAUGUUGCUGUGUCUGGCCAACAAGCUACAAGGUUUGGGCCUCCAUUCCUGAUGAGAGUAGAAAGGACUCUGUCUUGGGCUCAUCUGCAACAGAGUGUCUGCAAUAAGCUUUACUUACUUAAAAAAAAUGCAAUCAUAAAGACUAAUGAACUGUUUAGGAUGCGUGUGGUGGGUGGGUCAGCUUCCUGCAGUUACCUGUCUCCCCACGACAGCAGACCUCUCUGUCACCCGACCGUGGACAGGGCCCUGAAAUUAUGCGGUCCUGGUGGUCCUCUGCAUGUGAAGCUUGUGAUUGAAUGGGAGAACAGAAUCAAAGAGUGUCUCUUUGGUAACAUUCAAGAGGAAGUUAUUGAGGAUGCGGAGAGUGUGAAGAUCCAGCAGCAGAAUCAUGUACAGCAGCACAGCUGCACGCUGGAUGAGUGUUUUCAGCUCUACACAAAAGAGGAGCAGCUGGAACCAGACGAUGCAUGGAAGUGUCCUCACUGUAAGCAGAUGCAGCAGGGGAUGGUGAAGAUGAGCUUAUGGACCCUGCCUGACAUCCUCAUCCUACACCUCAAGCGUUUUCGGCAGGUGGGCAAACGUCGAAACAAGCUCUCCACCCUCAUUCGCUUUCCUAUAAAUGGUCUGGAUAUGACACCCCAUGUAGUGAAACGCAGUCAGAGCAUGAAGAAUCUGGCCCCGUGGCCUUCAACUUGGAAACAUGGAGAUACUGACUUCCUUUACGACCUGUAUGCAGUCUGCAACCACCACGGAGGCAUGCAUGGAGGCCAUUACACAGCCUACUGUAGGAACUCAGUGGAUGGCCACUGGUACAGUUAUGAUGACAGCAGUGUGGAGAUUGUGCCAGAGGAGGAACUGUGCACACGGGGGGCGUAUAUCCUCUUCUAUCAGAGAAAAAAUGUCAUCCCACCCUGGUCCGCCAACAGCUCGGUCAGAGGUUCCACCAGCUCCUCCAUGUCAGAUCACUGGCUUAUCCGUUUGAAUGGUGACAGCAAAAGAGGAAGUAUGGUAUCACGGUUUUCCACAACAUGCCCUUCUUCCAUCCCAGACUCCCCAGAGUCUCCCGUCUUUCAAAAUGAGCCCUCAGUGGAAGAGAGAGUGUCUUUAGGUGGGUUCGAAAGCAGACCUUUCGUGCGGGGAAUCCAAGGGCGUAGUGUAAGCAUGAAAAGUCCCACCAAGACCAGGGUGCUCCCACUGCGAUGGUCCUUUGGAAACAAAGACCGCCACAAACCUGCCCAGCAAGAUCCUGGCCAGGCUCCUGCAGAGCUGGUGGAGUAUUUAGAAUCUGGCAGAAGGCCAAGAUGCACCAAAGACCCUAUUGUUGCCCUAAUGACUCGACCUUCAGAUAAAGUAAGCAGUAAAGACAAUGAUACGAAAAAAUCCACAGCCAAAUCUUCAAGCCACAGCAGCCUCGGACCUCUAGAGUAUCUCAAAAUACCGCAGGGUCAAGAAAGAAGUAGCUCAGAGAAAGCAAUGGGUCAACAACCAAGCAGCAGCAGUAGACCAAGAGAAGAUGGAACUUUGACCAGAUGGAGCAGCAGGAAAUCAAAACAGGAACGAUCACAGUCCAGAAAAAGCUCAGGCACAGGGAUCCAAUCAAAUUCCAAUGGUCCAAGUGGGUGGGAAACAACAAAGAGGGAUGAUCCAAGCAAGGAGCAAGACCAACUAGAGGAGAAACAGAGAAAGGGACAGGAGACAAAACGUCCCGAUAGUGUCUUUGCUUUUCUUAAAGGCGGUUUCAUGAAGAAAGACUCGCUUCGGAGGUCUCGAGACAGUGAAUCUGUGAAAAGGGGUGAUGCAGAGGUGAAGAGCCCAUCUGGAGAUACUCUCUCCAAUGGGACACACAAUAGAACUUCAGAAGGUAAAGCUAAUAGCACAAACCAAGUUCGUAGCAGACUCAGUGGCGAAUUAGCAAAUGGCAAGGUGAGUUGUGGGUCAUCAGACAUCAAACGCUCACAAAGUUCUUCCAAUAUCCAAAGCAAGGCAGAUCUAGGCUUAAGAAGAACAGCAUCUUUACACAGGAAUGGCACAUCGGCAGCCCAGGCGCAGAGCGUUCCUAUUGACAGGAGCUCUCAGAACACCCUGCAACGCACACGCUACAGCACAAACUCACUGGGCAGAAAGAAGGCAGUGCCUGAAUCAAGCUUCUAAGGCUUACUUCACUACACCCAAAUCACAACAGUGUAGCAAAUAUCUAAAAGCCCAUGUAAGACCUAUGGUAAGAAAGAUAGGUUUGAAAUGAUGGCAGAACACUAUGAAGUUGCACAUACAUUUGGAACUAGUGGAUGAUAUAUUUGUUCACUUUUUUUCUGCUUAUAUGAAGUGCCUGUGAACCAGAGCUAUUUUUUUAGAUUGUCAGAUUGUGGUUUUGGCACUAGAAGUACAUGGCCUCUGCACCAUCAUUUCGAAUUGAAAAAUGAUUUGCCUCAGAUUUGAUUUUUAUGUGUCACUAAAUAGAUUUAUCACCUGUAAUACAUGAAGGGAAUAGCUAUAUAUAUCUUUUUAGUUUCAUCUUUUAUGAUUCUGUAGAUUGUACUGACUGGCUGCUAACCUCCCAUGAGUUUUCAUGACAUUUAACAAAGAUGUCAUUUCUUGCACUUUCAGUGAAUUUAUUGCACCACUGUCUGACUUUAAUGUGCUCUCAGACCAAAACAUAAAGCUUAUUAAUUUUUCCUCGUUUUGCAGUAUGCAUGUCAUUUACAAAUCUGUAUUAUAAAAUUACUUUUAAAAAGUAUGAAAUCAAACUGAAUCUAAAAUGUGUGCUUUAGGUGAGAUAUAUUUCUAUGGAUGGCAUGUUUACAACACAAUGUAUUAGAACACCUUAGUAAAACAGUGCCACUUCUGAAAAGCACUGUCACCAGUGGUUUAAUCUAUAACGUAACCACCUAAUCCUAGUUUGAAUGCAGUAACAAGAACCUGUUUAACUUAAAGCAUAGUACACCAAAAAUGAAAAUUGUCAUUGUUUAUUUACCAUCAUGUUGUUCCAGACAUGUCUAACUUUCUUUUUUUUUUUUUUUUUUUUCAUCAAUAUACCACAAAAGGAGAUGUUAAGCAGGAUGCUCAUGCUGCUCUUUCCAAUUCAAAGAAAGUGAAUGCUAACCAGAAAGCUCAAAAAUGACACCAUUAACCCCUACUGUGUCUUGUUUGAUACACAUAUUUCAGUUAGGGCCUCUAAAUGAUCAACAAAUCAAAACAUUACUAUAAUCCUGUUCUAUGUGUUUAACACAGUCUUCCAUGUCUUCUGCCCUCUGAUUUAUAGUAUAUGUUUUUUUUUUUUUUAGAAAGAACAAGGCCUUGUAGUAUAAUUGUAAAAAUGUCCACCUUCAGGUUGUGGUAAAUGUCUUUUUGCCAUGAAAUUUUGAUUCUUAUAAAUGUAAGUAAAUGUAAGAAAAACUUUUGUAGGAAUAUUAAUAUUUUAAGAUUUUCUGGACUGAAGAAUGUAGACGAACACAAAAUUAUUAGUGAAUAAUGAUUGACUUACAUUUCAGCCAUUUUUCUUACACAAAGUUAGCAUAUGGCUUCAGAACACUUGAAAUUUAUCAGACAUGUACUACUUUUAGUGUGCUGUUUGAUAUAUUUAGAGCUUGACACCCACUAAUCAUCAUCGACUUUUAUUGUAUGAACAAGAAGAGCAGUGUGAAUAUUCUGCUGAACAUCGCCAUAAGGGUUCCAAAAAAAAAAAAAAAAAAAAAGUUUGAAACAACAAUUCAUUUAUUCGUUUUUGGGGAAAGAUUCCUUUAAUCCAGCUCAUCUGAAAAUGUUUGACAUGUUCAAAUAACGUGGAGAUCUAGCAAUACCAAUGACUGCAGAAUAAAGAAAAGUGACCUUAGAAUACAAAUCCAUGACACCGAUUGCGUUUGGCUCUAAUUGCUUGUAACAACAGUCAGAAUAUGUCAAAUUGUCUCCUUCCUAUUUGGACCAUUAUUCUGAUGAAUAAAACAAGACAAACAGUCAUUCUUAUGUAUCCCUCUCCAGAAGCAUUUAAACAGUCUGAAUGCAGCUCAUUAAAAACUACUGCUACAUACACACUGCAAAGCUAAUUCUUUUGAAACUAUAACAUUUUAGCAUGCAUUACACAUUAUGAAAGACUAAAUUACUUAUUUUUUCUCAAUGCGAUUGUGAGUGAAUUAAAACUCAAAUAUCAAACUGAAUCAAACUCACACAUUUGUGUUUUAAAUUAAUCUAACACGGUAUAAACCAAACAGUAAGUGUCCUAUUGAUUAUUGCACAUGAUAUGGAAUAUUCUCAAGCUCCUCAAAUGUAAAGUACUAUUUUUUUCCUCUUUGCAAUCUAUCUGAAUUUCUUCAAACAUAGACUCGUUAGAAAAACAUGCCUCUACCUCCAUUUUUGCAAAACUCCAAAAACAUAAUAUUCAAAGCAGUUUCCAACUGAAAUGAACACUAGUGGUGUUAAAACACUAACAACCUUUAUUAUUUUUACAUACAUUAUGAUUACAGGAGCAGAUUAUUAAUAAAUUAUAUAAAUUAUUUAUUAAUAAAGACUUAUUUUUGUGUAGUUCCUUGCAAAAUAUUAAGGUAUGACCUCAGAAGGCUUUUACCAUAGUGCAUGAUUUGUAAAUUAAUACAUAGCGUUUACAUCACAUGACCAGCUCCAUAUAUUACACUCCAUCUGAUAUACUGUAGUAAACUUGCUCUGUAACUCACCUGGUACAACACUGCAAAUGUGAUGCAGAGCACUUGCACAGGAGCACUGCUGAAACACAAGUCACAAUUACAGAGCUCGAAGACUUGUAAAUGCAAGCUAAAAUGACAUGCCAAAUGCAUCUUUAUGUCAUGAUUUUAACUAUUUAUUGUGGGUGGUAUUCUGUGUCAAGCGUGAGCAUUCACAUGUAGUGCCACAGACAUUUAAUUUAUGAACUAUGAUUUGAUGAUUACAACAACCGAUGUAAUGAGAUGCUGCCAGAUUCACAUCCACCUGUUUCAGGGAGGAUUAAACAUUAAUGCCACCCACUGGAAAGUGCAGUGCUUCUUGCAUGCUUGAGUGCAAGAAGCAACAUAAUAUAACCUGGCCAAAAUGUUGGAACAGCCAUGUUUUCCCAGUGAACCUGGGUACUGUAUGCAGUAAAGUUUGAAUUGCACUGUAGAAUUAGGUUUAAUAAUUGUGGAAAAUUUACAGAUAUGCUGUUUCUAUAUCACACAAUUUAUAUUAGUUUUUGUUGAAUUGAAUAAGCAAAGAUAUGAAAAAGUUUUGUGUCAGUGCUCAAACAAUUUCUGUCUAGAUAUUCAAAACAAAAGACAUCACUGUCAAAAGAAAAAAAAAGUGUUUAUUGCAUUUAUUACUAUUAUGAAAUCUGUGUACGAAACCCGCUAAAGGAUUGUGUCUUCUUCUGUCAGCAUCUAAUCAUCCCUGUUAUUCUGUUGAGUAUGUCAAAGGGGUAAUGCAAAAAGCAGCAAUUACACAGCAUGUAACAGAAUUUGUGUAGACACAAAGGUCUGCUCCACAAGGGCAUUUCUUUUUUCCACUCCCAUGCUUCCAAAAUAAUCCAAAUUUUCACUAUGCUUGAAAUAAUGAUCACUUGUACUGACAAGACAAUGAAUGAAGGAUAUUACCCUGAAAUCUUCUCUUUUUUAUUUGGUUUUUGAGAUGUUUUAUAUGCAACUUUGUAUAAACAUUUUGUAAUGUCUUUGUGUGUAUGUAUAAAAAUUUUAUAAAAAAAAUCAAUGGAUAAUAUAUCUGGGAACAGUAUAUAUGUAGGGGAUAGAUUAUGUACAAUUCAAAUUAUCAUUGGAUUAUUGCACAAGGCUACUGUUAUGUUCUGCUAUCAAGAUGACUAUAUGCAGGUUUGUGUGGACCUAUGUCUACAAUUACAAUAAACUGAUAUAUUUUUGUAUCAUUUUUGAAAUUAAAAAGACAUUGGCAUUCA